AUGGCGGCUUCGAGUGCGCUGGCGACGGCGUCAAUCGGCGUACCGGCCGACCAGCUAUUCAAGCGACUCGAGCUCAUCGGCAGAGGCGCCUAUGGAUCUGUCUACAGAGCGACACAUCUUCCAACAUCGACAGUCAUCGCCCUCAAGGUGAUGAACCUCGACACGCCAGACGAUGACAUUAGCGAAGUCCAGAAAGAAGUGGCAUUGCUGUCACAGCUCCGUGACGCCGACAGGAACAACAUCACACUCUAUCACGGCUGCUGGCUUCACCGGACAGAGCUCUGGAUCGCCAUGGAUCUGGCCAGUGGGGGCAGCAUACGCACACUGAUGAAGGCUGGCACGCUGCACGAGCGCUUCAUCGUCAUCAUCGUGCGAGAGGUUCUCACUGCCCUCGCAUACUUGCAUAAGAUGGCCAUCAUCCAUCGCGACAUCAAGGCCGCUAACAUCCUGCUCACACAAACCGGACGCAUAUUGCUCUGCGAUUUUGGCGUGGCGGCUCAUCUUCAGCUGCACAGCAAACGCUCAACGUUCACAGGCACGCCCUACUGGAUGGCACCCGAGGUUAUCACUGAAGGCAAAAUGUAUGACACUCGCGCGGAUAUUUGGUCACUCGGCAUCACUAUCUACGAGAUGGCGACGGGCAAUCCUCCAUUCGCAGACAUGGAAGCAAUGCGAGCAAUUCAGCUCAUUCCAAAGACACCCCCCGCCACACUCAAAGGUGGGUCAUGGUCCGCAGCCAUGCGAGAAUUCCUUGCGAGUGCCUUGAUAGAAAGUCCUAGCGAGCGGCCGACAGCCGAUGAUCUUGUCAAGCAAAAGUGGAUUAAGAGCCAGGCCAAGACGCCGCUGAAUGUCCUGCGGGAGCUCAUCAACCGCUAUGCUGCAUGGACAGCUGCUGGCGGCGUAAGACAGAGUCUUGCUGGCGCCCAAGAUACUCCGGAGCUCGAGGAAUCCGACUUUGACGGUGGCAUCGGUUCCUGGGAUUUUGACAGCGCUGUCGCUGACACAGAGGAGGACACGCUGGGCACCGACACAGGAUACGCGAGCUCCGUUGCUGCGAUCUCGCAGCCUCGAUCGAAUCCUUUGAUGGGCCUCUUCGAUAGCGACGAAAACGGUGCGACGACGUCACAGGCUCGGCCGUUCGCACUGCCGCGCUUGCCAGGUCUCAGCUCGCUCGCACCGCACUCGCAGGCCGAUAAUGAAAUAAGCGCUCGGAGUAUUCAUCAAGAUGCUUCCACGCGCGCAAAAGAGACGCUCAGACAUAAGCCGUCGGCUAUUGAGACUUCGUCUGCUGUUCUCCACGACGAUCUUACAUCGCCACUCACGAUCCGGCCGUCGCCAAGACUAGAAGGCAUGGCCAUCAUGCAGGCGGCAUAUGCUGAAUCGAGAUCGACUGAUUCGCCGACAAGUGCCCACUCUCUCGACUCGCUGCACGGUCAGUAUCGCGGCCGGGCGAACACGGCGCCGAGUCAAGCUGGCCAUAGAGUCACUGGAAGCACUGAGCUUCGUUUCCCGCCUGUGCGAAAUGCCAGCGCUUUGCCACCAGUACCUGAGAAAAGGGCUGUCGGAGAAAAACCGCUGUUGCUCGUUCAACAGCGUCAGAACAAGCUGAAGCUGGCGACCGAAGCCACGCGAGUCAUGGCUGCACAAUCGCCCACAAUGUCUGUCGAGGAGGCAUUCUCAGCGACAUGGCCACACGGACCUGGCAUCAAGGUGCUCGACUACAACGCACUUGCGUCUGCUGGGGAUCUACAGAAUGAACUUGACGUGACUCUGUCUGCACUGGCAUCGACCCUUGUGGCAGGUUGGCUUAAACUGCUGACUAACCCCAGGACUCCCCGAGCGUUGCGAGACAGCCGCGCCUCGAAGGAUCGCAGGACUUACCUGCAGCUCACAGUCGCAGAUUACGCCAAGGUCGAAUGCAGGAGAGAGGCGCUCCUCCUUAUACGGAAGGAAGGGCAAGACGUUCAUAGCACUGCCAUGCCAGUAGCAUACUCGCAUCAGGCGGCGAGUAAUGGGCCAGCCGAUCUCUAUGCUACACUCGGCAUCGAUCGAACAGCCUCUGAGGCCGAGAUCAAGAAGGCUUAUCGAAAGCUCGCCUUGACGGAGCAUCCUGACAAAAACCGCACAGAGGGUGCCAGCGAGCGAUUUGUAGUGAUACAGCAAGCAUACGAAGUCUUGUCAGACGCGCAAGAGAGGGCAUACUAUGAUCAAAACUACAGCGACUUUGUCGAGGGUGUCGGUCAAGGGGAGAACACUCAUGACUUGGACCUGGCAGAUCAAACGACAAGGGCUCCCAACAUUUCGAAGCGUCAGCUCAUGCGCUUCUUCACGGCCGAUGCCUACAAAGGCUUCGAAGAUUCAGACGCUGGCUUCUUUGCAACUUAUCGCACUCUCUUUGAACUUAUCGCCAAAGACGAAACACUCGCGAGGCCGUAUCCUGGCGAGGCCGCGUUGGCCGAUGCUCCUUCCUACCCGAGUUUCGCAUACUCAGCUACACCGUACGAGCCGUCUUUGCGCAACUUCUACGCCACCUGGCUCAAUUUCACAAGCCGCAAAAGCUUUGCAGGCGUCGACAUGUACCACGCUCAAGAUGCGCCUGAUCGACGUUACAAACGCGCCAUGGAAAAGGCUAAUGCCAGGGCGCGGGAUGUCGCUCGUAAGGACUAUAGUCAGACAGUGAGGUCGCUGGCAGCCUUUGUCAGAAAACGAGAUCCCCGUUUCCUGGCUUCUGAUGCAGCCGACCCUAUGAAAGCUCGAGCGGAAGAAGCACAGAAGUCGCGCGAAAGCAUCCGAGCCGCAGCAAUCCUACGCGCUGCAGAGGCUGAGAAAGCUGCGGCAGAGUAUCGAGCUCAGCAUUGGCAAGAAGAUCUAAAGGAUCCCGAGCAGCUCAUCAACGGCGAGUACGUCGGUGACCAGCCUGCUGACGAGUCUUCCGAAGCAGACGAGGCUUACUGGUGCGCGGCAUGCGACAAGACCUUCAAGACGGAGGCUACUUGGUCCAAUCAUGAACGAUCAAAGAAGCACAAGCAAGCAGUCAUGCGUCUCAAGCGAGAAAUGAGCCUCGAAGACAACGCACUGGACCUUAGCUCGCACUCUUCUGCGCAAGCUAGCGAGUCGGUGACGCCAGCCAAGCGUACAGAUGCUUCAAGUUUAGAUAUGCAAGGCAAAUCACUUGCAGACAGCCUAGCAGAUCUCAACUUACGAGCAUCAGACGAAACUGAUGCGGAUCCUGAGGGGUACGCCGCCAUUUCGGCUACUGACGAGCCAUGCAAAUUCGACACAUUGAUCGAAGAAAGGACGCACUGUACAGACCAGCCCGCUGAGCAUGCCGCAGUGUUGCCGCAAGGACAUUUGCCUGCAAGUGCUGCAGAUGUGCAGCAUUCAUUGGCAGUCGAAUUGCCGACGAAGCGGGAAAAGAGACGAGCAAAGGAGGCAGCCAAAAAGACCAACGCGGCAGAUUCUUCCGCGGUCUGUAAUGUCUGCCAGGAAGCCUUUCCCUCACGAAGCAAGCUCUUUUCGCACAUCAAUGACACCGGCCAUGCUGCUGCCGAGACCAAGGCAAGCACCAAAGCAUCAAAAGCAGGACGGAGACGGUGA